GCUCGAGGGGAGCCCGGAGCCUCGCAGGCCGCGCCAGCGGCUGCAGGGUGUCAGGCCUUUGGGGUUUCUAUGACAGCGCAGUCGCCCCACUCUCCCGCAACAGCGCUGCGGUGCGGAGAGGCAGCGCCGCACGCCCCCAGGGUCGCUCCCCCGCCUCCGUGGCCGCCGUGGCGGGGGCGAGCGGCCGCCCGAGGCACCGCGGGGGUUGAGCUGCUGCUCGCAGCCGAGCCGGGGUCGGGCUCUGCAGCCCGCAGGAGGCAGAGCUGAAGCAGCUCAGAUCAAAAGCGGCAGAGCACGGAGGGAGGUUUCCUAUGUGAUUAGAGAUGAAGUGGAGAAGUACAACCGGAACGGGGUAAAUGCUCUUCAGCUGGACCCAGCAUUAAACAGACUCUUCACGGCAGGGCGGGACUCCAUCAUAAGGAUAUGGAGUGUCAAUCAGCACAAGCAAGACCCUUACAUAGCAUCUAUGGAACAUCACACAGAUUGGGUAAAUGACAUUGUGCUGUGCUGCAAUGGCAAAACAUUGAUAUCUGCUUCUUCAGAUACUACUGUUAAAGUGUGGAAUGCACAUAAGGGAUUUUGCAUGUCAACACUAAGGACGCAUAAGGACUAUGUGAAAGCCUUAGCAUAUGCAAAAGAUAAGGAGCUGGUAGCAUCUGCUGGGCUGGACAGACAGAUAUUCCUCUGGGAUGUAAAUACUCUCACAGCACUGACUGCCUCAAAUAAUACUGUCACAACUUCUUCCCUGAGUGGGAACAAGGACUCAAUCUACAGCCUUGCAAUGAAUCAAAUGGGAACAGUUAUUGUAUCAGGGUCCACUGAAAAGGUUCUAAGGGUGUGGGAUCCAAGGACUUGUGCAAAACUAAUGAAACUCAAAGGGCACACAGACAAUGUCAAAGCUUUGUUGCUGAACAGAGAUGGCACCCAGUGUCUUUCAGGCAGCUCUGAUGGUACAAUCCGCCUGUGGUCCCUUGGGCAGCAGAGGUGCAUAGCCACAUACCGAGUCCAUGAUGAAGGUGUUUGGGCUCUGCAGGUCAAUGAAGCCUUCACUCAUGUUUAUUCAGGAGGAAGAGACAGGAAGAUUUAUUGUACAGAUUUACGAAAUCCUGAUAUCCGGGUGCUGAUCUGUGAAGAAAAGGCACCAGUUCUUAAGAUGGAACUGGAUAGAUCAGCUGACCCUCCUCCUGCACUUUGGGUUGCAACAACUAAAUCCUCUGUGAAUAAAUGGACUUUGAAGGGAAUCCAUAAUUUUAGAGCAUCAGGAGAUUAUGAUAAUGAUUGUACCAAUCCCAUACCACCCUUGUGUACACAGCCUGACCAAGUUAUAAAAGGGGGUGCUAGUAUUAUUCAGUGCCACAUUCUUAAUGACAAGAGGCACAUAUUAACCAAAGACACAAAUAAUAAUGUGGCAUACUGGGAUGUCUUGAAGGCAUGUAAAGUGGAAGACCUGGGGAAAGUAGAUUUUGAAGAAGAAAUUAAGAAGAGAUUUAAAAUGGUUUAUGUGCCAAACUGGUUCUCAGUGGACUUGAAAACCGGGAUGUUGACAAUUACUUUGGAUGAAAGUGACUGCUUUGCAGCCUGGGUUUCAGCAAAGGAUGCUGGAUUUAGCAGUCCCGAUGGUUCUGAUCCAAAAUUAAACCUUGGAGGGCUUCUGCUGCAAGCAUUGCUGGAGUAUUGGCCUAGAACACAUAUCAAUCCAAUGGAUGAAGAAGAAAAUGAGAUAAACCAUGUGAAUGGGGAGCAGGAGAACAGAGUCCAGAAAGGAAAUGGAUACUUCCAAGUGCCACCACAUACACCAGUUAUUUUUGGUGAGGCUGGAGGACGCACUUUGUUCAGGUUGUUAUGUCGGGAUUCAGGUGGUGAAACUGAAUCCAUGCUUCUUAAUGAAACCGUGCCACAAUGGGUAAUUGACAUCACUGUGGAUAAAAAUAUGCCCAAGUUCAAUAAGAUUCCCUUCUACCUCCAACCUCAUUCAUCAUCAGGGGCAAAAACUCUAAAAAAAGACCGGCUGUCAGCCAGUGACAUGCUUCAGGUGAGAAAAGUGAUGGAACAUGUGUAUGAGAAAAUCAUAAACUUGGAUAAUGAGUCUCAGACAACGAGCUCCUCCAACAAUGAGAAAGCAGGAGAACAAGAAAAGGAGGAAGACAUUGCUGUGCUAGCAGAGGAGAAGAUUGAACUUCUGUGCCAGGACCAGGUUUUGGACCCCAACAUGGACCUUCGAACUGUAAAGCACUUCAUCUGGAAGAGUGGUGGGGACCUGACGCUUCACUACCGCCAGAAAUCAACGUGAGGGCAGCGCAGACCCAGAGCGGUCAUCAUUUACUUGACCUUGCUGUGCUGGUUCCAAGAGUAGUUCUAGAGCAGCCCUCUGAACCCCUAAGGUAGAUGAGACUUCUAAUGCCUCAGUAUGGAUGGGAAGUAAACAUUUAAUUGAAGUGACUAAUAGACCUGUAAUAUAGAGGAAAAAAAAAUCUAUAUGACUUAAACUAAAGUCUGUCCUAGUCUCAGUCAAUGAGAUGGGAGGUCCCUGAGUGGUUUGUGUUGUGUGAGGUGUACAGAGAGUGGAUGAUAACCCAGUGCAGACUUUUGCUUCCUCCUUUUUUGCUUUUGGUUUUUUUCCAAAACAUAAUCCCCUCAUCUGUUCAUGCUCAGUAUCAAACAGGUUUGGCCGUAUUAGUCACUGUUCACAAUGUAAUUAAGAACUGCACACAAGGUAUUUUUAGUACAUUCCAUUCAUAAAGUUCCAGCAAUGAUUUCUCACCGGUUACUUAAGCAUUUCUACCACUAAAAAAAGUUUGGAAAAGAAAAUACCAGAAAAAUAGGUAUUGCAUACUUGAAUGAAUGGGCCCAUUUAAUUGCAAACCAAGGGUUAACAUAAGAAUUGUUUUAAUUGCUUUAGAGAGCUGUUGACAUGCAAGAUAAGAACACUAGAAAAAUAUCAGAGCAGUAUGAGUCCAGUGAUGCUGUGCAUCAUAAUAGUGAACAUGCUUUGCAGCAACUUAGAGAUUUUUUUUUUUCUAAAUAUAUAUGUAACUACUUCCUGCACUGUGUCCUAAGUGUUCGAAAGACACACAAGUCUAAUUUUUGGUAACUGUGCUCCAAAAGUAUGUGACAUUUUGUUAAAACUUCGAACCAUUCUGAUUAUAACUUCAUAUGUUUAAUGUUGAACUUUAGGAACUUCUCAGCAGAUUUCAUAUUCAUGAGAUAAAAAUACUGAUUCUUCUUUUCCGAGGUUUUAUAUGCAAUUGUUCUUUUGUUAGAGAUUUAUGCAGAUCUUGUUUUCACUGCUAUUUCUAAAAAUCUGUGGCUGUCAUAGGCUCAUGGUAAUCUUUUAUAGAAGUUUAACUUAUUGGGGGGAGGGAGGGUAAGGGCCUUUCAGCUUUUUGUGAGAAAAUGUGGGGAUAUCCCAGAAAACCAUUUGUAGCCAGAGCAAAUUACAAAUCCUCGUAGAGAAAUGGUUUAGAAAUUACUCUUGUCUGAAGCAGAAGCACAAGUGCCUUCAAGGGGCAGUAUAUUAUUGGAGUUUCUUCAGGAGACACAUGCUCUAGCCCUUCCUGUAUCUUGUGAUCAAGAUUUAGGUUGAGGCCUAAGGAAAGUCCCAAUAAAUUAUAUUACUGGGAUUGUAUUGGUCAGACAAAAAGUAAAGUAUUUUUCAUCAUGUUUUAUCUGAAAAAAUAGGCAAAAUAUAGUCAAAUAGUCAAAAUAGUCAUUCCCUUCUGCACUUUUAACCCAGCAAAACAAGUUCAUUGCUUAGACAAAACCAUGGUUCAGAAUUUGCUAGGAUGUCUUUUCCCAUCUUUUGAGAAUCAGGUUCAGUUUUUUUAUCCCUAUUUCUGUGUACACUUAGUUUGACACAAUUGUGCUUUAACUGCACUUUUUUAGUGCUAUUUGUGAAUUAAGUAGUUAAACAGAACUGUAACUUUUAUUGGUAAAUUGUCCUGACUUGUAUUUAUUAAUAGCAAGGGUCUUUGUCUGUUCCAAUAGGCACUGUUUGGGUUAUGUUUUGUUUCCUGAUUGUCUUCCUGUCCUAUUGUAUACAUUGGAGUUGCUCACAGUAAUUUUUUGUUUGAAAUCAGCCCGAGGUUGUAAUUUUCCUUCUGUUUUUUUUCUUUCUAACCAUCCCGAAACACAGUAACAGGAAAGAUUAAUGAAAGAGUCUGCAAUGCCAGAAGGGUAAAUGAUGUUUCACAGUUGUAUAGAAUAAAAGGCUUUAGUUAAAAUAUUUUCAAGUUGUUUUGUGUACUAGAUAAACUGCGCAAUUUUGGAGCUUGAAUUUGACAAAGGACUUCAGAGUGCUUUUGAAGCCUCAAGUAAUGCAAUGGCUGAAGAAAUGGCAGCAGAAUCCUGUGAAGAUAAUCUUGUAAUGUGGGUGAAUCUAAGAAUUUCUCAGGUGAGCAGAACUUCAGAUGUGAGUUCUGUUGAGGGGAGAAUGUGACAUGGGCAGUGCUGCUUUUGUACCAUGAAAGUAUUUUGUGCUAACAAGUGAUUCACGCCAGUUGCUGCUGAGCUGUCAGCA